AUGCGCCGCCACAGCACCGUGGUCAAUGCGGCCUUGCGCUCGGGGCACCUGUUUGGGCCAGCGCCGCUGCCGUUUCCACCGGCGCGCCGCCGCACCGUUCUCUCCUCACCGCCGUUCGCCACGCGCGUGACCGAGCUGGAGACGCGCCUGUACCCACUGGAGGAGCUGCAGCGCCCGCGGCCGCCGCCCGAGCAGGAGGACGAGCGGCCGCACAAGCGCCGCCACUGUGGGCCCGAGCCUGAGGCUGCGGCGUCGGGCGCUGCAGCGAUGGCCCUUGGCGCCGUCGUCGGCGCCGCUGCUGCCGUGGCGGCCUCCGAGGUAGCUCUGCCGGAGCCGCUCGCCGCCGCUGCAGCGCCCGUCCCUGCGACUGCAGAGCAGCUGGUGUCUGAGGAGCUCCUAGGUGCAGAGCUGCGGCGCUCGGCCGUGGCAACCAUUGAGGCGAUGACCGUGGACUCAACAGUGGUUUUGCAACAGCAGCAGCAGCAGCCGCUGCUGCAGGUGGACCCCCAACUCUUAGCUGAGCCGCAGCAGCAGCAGCUCGCGCCCGCCUUCGACCUCCUCGGGCGCCGCGGCGGCCGCGCCUCCGCAGCAGUCAUUGAGCGCGAGGAGCAGCAGCAGGAGCAGCAGCAGCAGCAGCAGGAGCAGCAGGACGACGACUGGCUGCAGCGCACGCGCCUGCUGGUCGGGGACACCGGCCUGGCCAAGCUGGCGGCGACCAACGUUUUGCUCGUGGGCCUGGGCGGCGUCGGAUCCUAUGCGGCUGAGCAGCUCGUCAGGGCGGGCGUCGGAUCGAUCACCAUCGUGGACGAGGGCGCGCUCUGGCGGCCGGGCUGCAGGGGCGACGCGCCGGCCGCGGGCGUCCGGCGGGAGCGGCAGUUUGCAGGGCAGCCGGCGGCGGUGGUCGACUGGGCUGUAUGGCCCUUGUCACCGCCCAAGGGUGGGGACUGCGUCGACACCACCAACCGCAACCGCCAGCUGCCCGCGCUGGCAUCGACGGAGUUCAUCACCCCAGAGACCGCGCGCGCCCUGGUGUCACGCCAGCGCUACGACUUUGUGGUCGACUGCAUCGACUCCAUCGCGCCGAAGCAGAACCUCCUGCUCGCAGCAGUGGAGGCUGGAGUCAAGGUGGUCAGCAGCAUGGGGGCUGGCGGCCGCAUGGACCCUUCCCGCGUGAAGACCGCCGACCUGCAGGACACUUUUGGGGACCCCUUCGCCGCAAACAUUCGCAGGGGCCUCCGCAAGCAGGGUGUGGGGCGCGGCAUCGUGGCCGUGUUCAGUGACGAGCCCGUCAAGAAGGCCAGCCUGGGCCUGACGGAUCAGCAGUACAAGAGGAGCUACUACGGGUGA